AUGAUUUGUGUCAAAUGUAGAAGCGCAAUCCUUGGGGGCACCAAAACAUGGGGUUAUCACUGCUUGUCGGAUUCCGACUGCGCCAUCUGCUCACGACUCAGGCAAGACGUUUCUCAAAUCGCUGGGCUAGAGGUGUGCUUGGCGGGGAAUUCCCUGUAUUGGUGGAAACUCGGUCAGUUGGCACACACAAGGGACACCCCGAGGUCCUACAGCAUCACCCUGACUCCGGACGCGUCCAAGCAUCCUGCGCUCAAAGAUGUGCGGAGAAGGACUUUUCAUCUACUUGACAGAGACGGCGUAAAGGUGACGUCUGUAUUAGAUAGCAGAACCAACUCUGCGGGUGCUUUAUCUCAGAUGAAGUCUUGGUUGAGGCAGUGCAAAGGGGAACACAGUCGAUGCGUAAGAUCGCAAAAGAAGAUCGUGGUGCCAAAACGCCUGAUCGAUGUCGGGACUGUGUGUACAGACAAGAUAGUUGUUGUGGAAACGGACAAGCUGUCUACACCAGUCGACAAGUAUAUGACUUUAAGUCACUGUUGGGGUGACCCUGAGCUUUCGCCCCCUAUCCUCAAACUCACACAGGAGAACGAAGGCCCGUUUACAGACCCUUCGACUGGAAUUCGAAGCUCAAGACUGCCCAAGAACUUUCGGCAAGCUAUAGGACUUACCCGGAGGCUCGGGGUACGGUAUAUCUGGAUUGAUGCUUUGUGCAUCGUCCAGGACAAUGGUGAAUUUCACCAAGAGGGGCAGCUGAUGCAUCAGGUGUAUCGCAACUCUUUCUGCAAUCUUGCUGCAGCAGACAGCGGAGACAGUACCGGUGGGCUCUACCGAAGUAGAAAUAGUGAAGACUUGAUACCUCAAAUCUUGGAGACUUCCGAGUCCUCGGUAUUUGGAAAACGAUCAUGGGUCUUUGUCCCCUCGGACAUUUGGGACGAUCAACUAUUGGAACAGUCUCUUUAUAGACGUGGAUGGGUGUUUCAAGAACGAAUGCUGUCCCCUAGAAUGAUCCAUUUUACGGCCAACCAAGUCUUCUGGGAUUGUGCAAGUAUGUCCGCUUGCGAAGUCUUCCCUGCAGGGCUUCCCGAAUCCUUGGAUGCUGCCGCUGCCCCAGAUCGUCACUGGAGAGAGCGGCUGCAGAUAGCCCAGGAAAAGAAGGAACUCACAGGCACCGCAGAUGAUUCCAUCGAACAGUUCUGGAAGAAGGCGGUGCGGGCUUACACCGCGUGCAACUUGACCCGCAACAUAGACCGUAUGCCUGCCAUAUGGUCUGUUGCCAAACUAGUACGCGAUGAAAUGCGUCGGGCUUACGAUGGCCAGGAGUAUGGGGUCGGCCUCUGGUCAUCAUACUUGCAUGAACAGCUGGCCUGGCGAGUCAUGGAUCCAUCCAAGGCCACGAGGCCCGAGGAACUUACUGUGUAUCCUACGUGGUCUUGGGCAUCACUUAUUGGAGAGAUCGAAGUCCAAGACAGAAUCUCGGAUCCUAAUCGGUGCUAUGGUAUCUCUGGCCAUGAUGGCCACAAAGUUCGUUACCAGUUGAGUGAGGUAUCGGCCGAAGAGUCAAGGGACGUACCUGAUGGCGCCAAUGCCCUACAACAAGGUCUUGAAACGAAUUCCCUCGCUAUGAAAGCGAACCUAGUCGAAGUGAGACUGAGGAAGGUGAAGAAGUCAUCACAUUCCAGAAACAUCCCGCCAGGGGCUUCCCAUACCAACACAUACACAUUGCGACCGGUGCACAAGAAGUUUGCGAACAUUCACCUGACAGACGACAACUUCGAAGUGUUCCCGGACACGAAACCCUUAUCAGCAGAUCACAAUGCCGCAUUUUACCUUAUCAUCCUGGCUGGAAGUGAGGUUAAAGUUUCCACUUCCGAAAGCAUGGGAAUCGCCUCUGUGGCACCGACGCACGAUUUGUCGAGAAAGAAGAGGAACCAUUCGACUAGAGUCACUUACGGAACAGGGCUCGUUCUAGUCAAGGCGUCGUUGAUGAAGGACACCGACUGCCAUUUCAGACGAAUCGCAGCAUGCCAUUUCCAGGGCAUUGGAUUAUCUGACUUCAAGAAGUUCAUACCUCACAAUGGUCACGGAACUGAUAUAUGGCUAGUGUAG